AUGACUGUCGGUCGUUCUAAACUUGUUCGAGAUGUUCUUCGUCUAUAUGCUGACUAUAUGCGUUUAAGUCGACAAGUACAAGGUUUAAGAGAUAUAGCACGUACUGAAUUCAAACAAUAUAAACAUUUAAAACCAAAAGAUAAUUUAAUUUAUAUUGAAUAUCUUCUUCGACGAGGUAAAUCACAAUUAGCAACACUUCAAGGUCAAGGUGUUAAAUCAAUUAGUUUAUCAUCAAAACCUCCUUUUGGUUAUGGUUCUGGUGUUUUAAAACAACAACAAGAUAUCAAAAAAACAGCACAACAAACUCAAGUUGAUCUUAUUUUAACUGUCAAUAAUUCAUUUAAAUUUCAUGAAGAAAACCUAAAAAUUAACCCAUAUCAUUAUUCAUUUUUAAGAUACUUUGGUGUUUCAACAAUAACUCGAAUGCAAGAAACACGAGGUGCGAGAAUUUAUUUUAACCCAUAUGUUAAAUUUAAUAAUGAUUUUAAUACACUUUAUAAAUAUGGAAUUAUUACACGAAAACAUUUAAUUAGAGAUUUACUUGAUUGGGAAACACUUUAUGUUGCUGGUCGUCUGCAGAAGCCUGUACGUGUGAUAAAAAUAGAUGAAUCAGAUCAAGAUUUAAUUUAUGCUUUAAAAACAAAUUUAAGUAGUGCCCUUCAUGUUGCCUUACUUCUUUUACCUGAAGAAUUUACAUUGAAAGAUUUAUUUCUUAAGAUAACAUCACUUUCUUAUCAAGGUGAUUUUCGUAUGUAUAUCGGAGAGAAUAAAAAUAAAAUAUCGAAUAUAGUUAUACCACAAAUUGAUUUAUUUAUUGAUCUUUAUUCAAAUUUAAUGUUAACAGAUACAUAUUUACAUUGGAAUAAAAUUCGAACAUUAGAUACAAUUGUUAAACAAGAUGUAACACCAACAGCUAUAUUUAAACGUUUACUUGCAUUACCGAAAUAUGUUAUAUAUAAUAUAAUGGAAUCAGCAACAUUUAAAACACGACAAUAUCAAGAUACAGAAGAAGUAAUUAGAAAAUUAUGUGUUAGUACACAACGAAAAGAAAAAAUUGAACAUGCUGUACGAUCAAUUGUUAAAAGAUCAAGUUUAACACAAACAUUUAAAGGUCUUUUUACUGCAGGUUUUCUUCGUAGUACGCGUUAUGCUUUUGCAAAAUUACAAAAGAUGAUUCGUUAA